AUGCCUCAAGCGGUAGAGAAACCUGUCAUAACUCUCCGCAACGGCGCUUUGAAAGAGCCUAAAAUGAAAGAGCCAGACGAGGUGAAGGUAUGUACGACCACCAACACACGAAGUGUUCGCAAAUCCGCUUCACCGGAAGCAGUCCAGCCAAUGUUCGCUUAUGUUCAUCUCUACGGCGGAAAGAUGUGCAAGAAUUUGGGCAGCUGGAUUUUUGGUGAUGAUAGGGAAUUUGUUCAAAGCGACUCAAAACCUUCAGAACCCCUGAACGUAUGUUCAGGGGCUCUGAAGGAUUUUUUCUUCUGCAAAGUUCCACAACCUACGGCAUGA